AUGUCGUCCUUUCUCGCGCUCAUGCGGCUUGGGAGACUCAAGUUCAUCACGUCCUCCUUCAUACUCGCCCUGCUGGGUGCUCUCUCACGCGACAUAAACGGCACUGGCAGUGACAAUGGUGACGGCGGUCUUACUACCGAGUCGCGCUUCCGCGUUGAGGCGUUCAUUCCAGUGGCGCUAAUCGUGGCUUGCUCGCACGUAAUGACGCACUUUUGCAGCGAGUAUUUCGACUACGCGGCAGAUCUCGCCAACACGCAGCGCGGCAAGUGGAGCGGCGGCUCCGGCGUGCUUCCCGCCGGCCUGCUGCCGCGUUGGGCGGCGCUCGUUGCGGCGAGCGUGCUGUUCGCCGGCAGCAUCGGCGCGCAGCUCACAUUCUUCAACGCGUCGGCGCAGCGCGUCGCGUGCGCGGCCAUGUUCCUCUCGUGCGCGUACGCCGCGCCGCCCUUCAAGCUGCAGUAUCGCGACUUCGGCGAAGCGACGGUGGCAGUCGUUCUGACGUGGUGCGUUCCCGCGAUGGGCGCGCUAAUGCAGCGGCGCGACGACGCGUUCGCGCUUCCGACGUUGCUGUGCGCGAUCGUCCCGCUGUUAUUCGUCCAGCAAUUCGUGCGGAUGAUGGUUAUGAAUCUCCCCGACAUCGAAUCGGACCUCCAAUGCGGCAAGAUCACGUUGACCGCGCGAUUGGGGCCCGAGCGGGUCGCGCGUUUGUAUCGAUUCGCGCAGUACGCGAUUGGUGUCGUGGCGGUGGGAUUGUUCGGUUCGGGGCACAUGACGUGGCCCGUGCUAAUCGCGUUUUUCGUCGCGACGACGAACGGACUCACCUUGUCGCGUCGCUUGGAUGAAAUCGUGUUUGGCUUCGCCAUGUCUGGAACGACCAAGGUGGAUCAUGAUGCACGUGGCAAGAACUGCGAUACUGCUGCUGCGGCUACUAUCGAUCCAAAGACCGCGACCCGGCCUUACAUAACAGCCGCGAUGGCCUUUGGAGCCUAG